CGCGAACAGCCGGAAUUAUAUUGGUCAAACACAGGAACUGUAGUAGAGGUCGCUGCCACUAUUGCGCACCAUCCAUAUGUUGUAGCUUCGCAUGGAGAUUGUAUUUGGCUGAACAGUGCUGUUUACACUGGAAACGAUUGCGGUAUGAGAUGGAGACAAACAAGGCAUGCCAGUGGGAUAUUAGCUUCUUUUCUUUUACAUAACCGGACGGUUCAUUAGAAGCUAGCACCAACUGUUUCCCAUUUUGGCAGCAGGUCUUCAGCUACUGACAUAUAUAACAUACUAACAGUAUAGUCUGGACUGUCAUACAGAUCAAAUGAGUUUGCACUUUGCCUGUAGGUCUGUGCUCCUACAAAGUGUUCUAACAACUACAUAGAUUGAUACCAUUGGGGCUGUGCAUAUUUCAGCAACAUGCCUCUGUCAGACUUUCUGGACAGCCUGAAGGACAACCCAUACUUUGGGGCUGGGUUUGGACUGGUUGGGAUUGGGACAGCGUUAGCAGUGACCAGGAAAGGUGCCCAGUUCGGAAUGAUCUUCUUCCGCAGGAACUACAUGAUCACUCUGGAGGUCCCCAGCAGGGAUAAGAGCUACCACUGGCUGCUGAGCUGGAUCACCAAGCACGCCACGCACACUCAGCACCUCAGCGUGGAGACCUCCUACCUGGCACAUGAGAGUGGACGGGUUCACACGCAAUUUGACUUCCACCCAAGCCCUGGGAACCACAUCAUCUGGUACGGGAGGAAGUGGAUCAGGGUGGAGAGGACCAGAGAGAAGCAGAUGGUGGAUCUGCACACUGGAACCCCGUGGGAGUCUGUAACCUUCACUGCUUUAGGCAGAGACAGACAAAUCUUCUUUAAUAUCUUACAAGAAGCAAGAGAAUUGGCCCUGAAGCAGGAAGAGGGGCGGACAGUGAUGUACACAGCCAUGGGCGCAGAGUGGAGGCCUUUUGGGUUUCCACGGCGACGCAGACCCCUCACCUCUGUGGUCCUGGAGGCGGGCGUGGCCGAAAGGAUCGUAGAUGAUGUGAAGGAGUUCAUUGGAAACCCCAAGUGGUACACAGACAGAGGCAUUCCCUACAGAAGAGGAUAUCUGCUGUAUGGCCCCCCAGGGUGUGGAAAAAGCAGCUUUAUCACGGCCCUGGCAGGCGAGCUGGGCUACAGCAUCUGUCUGAUGAGUCUGAGUGACCGAAGCCUUUCAGAUGACCGUCUGAACCACCUCCUGAGCGUGGCGCCGCAGCAAAGCAUCAUACUGUUGGAGGAUGUAGACGCAGCCUUUGUCAGCCGAGAGCUGCUUUCCAAAGAGAACCCUCUGGCCUUCCAGGGAAUGGGAAGACUGACCUUCAGUGGCCUGCUUAAUUCUCUGGACGGAGUGGCUUCAUCUGAAGCCAGAAUAGUUUUUAUGACCACCAACUUCAUUGACAGGUUAGACCCAGCACUGAUCCGACCCGGCCGUGUUGAUCUGAAGCAGUACAUCGGGAAUUGCACGCACUUGCAGCUUACACAGAUGUUCUGGCGGUUCUACCCUGACGAGCCUGCCUCUGAAGGGGAGCGGUUUGCAAAGUGCGUGUUGGCCUCUAACUCUGAGAUCAGCGCUGCACAGGUGCAAGGACACUUUCUGUUGCACAAAAUGGACCCCGCAGGAUCUAUAGACAAUGUUGCCCAAAUGAAAUAAUGACAGGACUGCAAAGUGUUUGGAGAAUGAUUACUGAAUAAAGACAAACGUGAGAAAAAAUGUUUUUACAUU